AAAAUUAUUUCUAAAGUAUGUGUUUUAUUUUUAUUUUUGAAAAAAAAGUUAAUUUUCUGUUACUGUUCAGAAUCGUUCAUUGAAAGAUGCUGCUAAUGAUUUAGUUAAUCAUGCUGUUCGUUUUUAUGUUAAACCAGAUGAUAUUCUAGUGAUUAUGGCACGAGUAACAGCAGAUAAUAAUUGUACUUAUGAACAAAGAUAA